CUCUAGCCGCCCAAGCGUAUGCGCUAAAGGAAGAGAACGAUAGUCUCCGAUGGCAGCUGGAUGCUUAUAGGAACGAAGUGGAACUCCUGAAACAGGAGAAAGGACAGCUUUUUCGAACAGAAGAAAGCCUUACGAAGGACCAGCAGCUGCAGUUCCUUCAGCAGACAAUGCAAGGCAUGCAGCAGCAAUUGCUAAGCAUACAGGAAGAAUUAAAUAACAAAAAAUCCGAACUGGAGCAAGCCAAGGAAGAGCAAACACAUACACAAGCGAUGCUUAAAGUCCUGCAGGAACAGUUAAAAAGCGCCAAGGAAUUAGCAGAAAUCAAUGAGCAUGAUGAAUCUCAGGCAAAUGAAAUCAAUGUAUUGACAGUAGCAUUGGUCAACCAAGACAGAGAAAAAAAUUCAGAGAAAAGAAGCCCGGGUCUAAAAUCAGAGAAAGAGGCACUAUUAAUAGGUAUCAUAUCCACAUUUCUUCACGUCCACCCUUUUGGAGCCAAUAUAGAAUAUCUUUGGUCUUACAUGCAGCAGUUGGACUCUAGGAUCUCUGCAAAUGAGAUAGAAAUGCUUUUGAUGAGACUGCCACGCAUGUUUAAACAAGAAUUCACUGGUGUAGGAGCAACACUGGAAAAGAGGUGGAAGUUUUGUGCCUUUGAAGGAAUUAAAACUGUCUGACUGUGACUAGUAAUGAAGCUAUGCAGAAGAAGAAUUCCUAGAGCAUGGCAGGGUUAUAAAGUAUUAAAGUAAGAAAUUUGGGUUUGGGCACAUAGUAGUAUGUUUUCAAAGUUAUCCAAGCCUAAUUUUAGUUACAUUUGUGACGUUCUCUUGUGAGUGAAAAUGUAGUUGUGCACCAGUUCCUAAAAUAAAAUAAAAAUUUUUUAAAAAGUUUCAAAAAGUGACAGAUCUGUUUCCUAUGAAAACUGAAGAAAGAUACCACAGUCAUAAUGAUUUCAAAAUACUACAUGUCCUACAUCUAAGAAAAGCUCAUUGAGCAAACAGUUAAAGAGAAAGAUUGCCCGGUUAUGGUCGCUAAGCUACAGCGAUGUCUAUGUAAUAUGUAGUAGAACUCAUUAAGUUUUGUUAUUGAAAGUUCUUUCUGUUUAGUAAGAAAAUUGAGUAAUUUUACAGUGAGAAAAAGCAUACCAAAAGAAAACUUGAAGAUGUGUCUGAUGUUAUUGUAUUUUGUAAAUUAAGUUAUAUGCUGUACCAGGGAUUUUUGCCUUAUUGAAAGAGGCCUGAAAAUGUGAUUGGAGUCCUCAAGAAUGCUUUAUCAAGAAUAUUAUUUUUCUAAUGUAAUUAUUCUCCAUUAUAAGUUCUUUUAACAUGGAUUGCAUAUCAAUUUUCAUAAACAUGUAAAUAAGGAGGAAACCAGUGUUACUGUAUUGUAUUUGGUAUGUAACAUUCAGGUUUAUGCAUCAAAAUAAAUAUUCAGUCGCAUUACUGUUACAAAUUUUAUAGCAGAUAUAUUAAUUUUUAUCAAUAAAUAUGACUUCUACCA